AUGGAUAGAAUUUUUGAAACCUUUGAUUACAAUAAUCGCAAUAUGACAAGACAAGAUUCCAAUCAGUCCUUGGAUUCACUUUUUGAUUCUGGCGCCAGAAAUCUGGCUGCCACAGUCACCACCACAACCAUAACACCUAUUCUUUCACGAGCUUCAUUUUCUACCAGUCCAAUAGAACGUUCUCUUGAUUUGGAAUUACUUUCUAAACGGUUAACUCAAUUAGCAGUCAUCCUCGUUGGGUUACCCGCAUCUGGUAAAUCCACUAUAGCCCGUCAAUUAUGUCUGUAUUUGAAUGAUAAUCAAGUUACGUCCAACAUUUAUAAUGCCGGAGAUAUACGUCGUGAAAUCAAACAAGAGUUUAAUAAUGCCAACUUUUUUGAUCCAAGCAACACUACAGCUAAACUUGAAAGAGAAAGAUUCGCAACGAUUGCUGCCACAAGAUUAAUUGAAGACUUAAAAUCAACUAAAGUUAAUGUGGGAUUUCUCGAUGCUACCAAUACUACUCGUGAUCGUCGUGAACGAAUGUAUAAUCUUCUCAAAAAUGAAGGGAUUAAUAAUAUUUUAAUACUUGAUGUUCAAUGUCAACUGCAAGCAUUACACAUGUUUAAUAUUCUGGGUAAGGCCCAUAAUAAUGACUAUCAUGAUAAGGAUUAUACUACGGCUAUUGCUGAUUUUAAGCGGAGAACUAGCCAUUAUUUCAAGGUGUAUGAUCCUGUCACAAAAGAUGAAUUAUUAUCGUUAGCUCCAGAGGUUAGAGCUUACGUCAAAUGUGUGAAUGCGGGUGCUGAAUGGGAUUUGCAAUUAUUAUCACCAAAGUUUGGGUUACAAGAGGUUUACAAGUUGAUCAAACAAUUUGUUGAUGGUUACUUUGAAAAGGAAGGGCAACGGUAUUUAGAAGCUGCUUCUGCGUUCUACAAGGUUUAA